CAGUGUGCGUAUCCCAGUGUUAUUCAGUGAACCGUGUGGUGGACAGUGCCACCGUGUCUGUGUCGCUGUGGUUGUAUUGAACUCUGCUCGCUGCUGACCAGUGGAGAGUGAAGAGAGGGAGGAGGAACAGAGUGCCGGACACCCUGUCGGAGGGUUUGCCCGACACAAGCAAUUUUCCGUGAUAGGUUCAGCAACCAUGCUGGAAGCAAGAGCGGAUGCUAAAGUGAAUAAUCAGUCAGAAACUACUAAAUGUGCAAUGGAAAGUGGUGACGGGAACACCGGAAUCCAAACCAAUGGAUUUGACUUUUCGAGGCAGAUGGUGCCAACCACAAGUGCAAUCACUAAUGCACAUGCACAAGCCCUCCUCCAACAGUUGACCCUGACCCCAGCGCAGCAACAGCUGUUGAUCCAGCAGGCCCAGGCUCAGCUCCUGGCUGCAGCCGUGCAGCAUUCAGCCAGCCAGCAGAACAGCACCACUGGGGCCAACAUCUCAGCCUCCGCAGCCACACCCAUUACCCAGCUGCCCCUGUCACAGCCCAUCCAGAUUGCCCCUAAUCAACUGCUGACUGUCUUUCUGGAAAAUCAGCAGCUACAGCAGCAGAACCAUCUAAGUCUGCCUCAGUUUGUUCUGGUGCAGCCUGGCCACCCGAUCGCCACAUCAUUGCAGCCCGCUCAGUUCAUCAUCUCACAGACACCGCAGUCCCAACAGGGUAUACUGCAAGCCCAGAGUCUUCUAACUCAACUACCUCAAAGCCAAGCUAACCUCCUGCCGACUCAACCAAGCAUCACCCUUGCAACUCAGCCUGCAACUCCAACCCGCACAACAGCAGCCACACCUAUUCAGUCCCUGCCCCACAGUCAGACACCACCCAAACGGUUGGAUACCCCCACUCUGGAGGAGCCUAGUGAUCUGGAGGAACUGGAACAGUUUGCCAAGACCUUCAAACAGAGGCGUAUCAAACUGGGCUUCACACAGGGGGAUGUCGGCCUGGCCAUGGGGAAGCUGUAUGGAAACGACUUCAGUCAAACUACCAUCUCUCGUUUUGAGGCCUUGAAUCUGAGCUUUAAGAACAUGUGCAAACUCAAGCCAUUGCUGGAGAAGUGGCUCAAUGAUGCAGUUUGUGCAGAGAACCUGACAUCUGACCAGUCCCUGUCCAGCCCCAGUGCCCUGGGCUCCCCGGGCAUGGGCAUAGAGGGGAUCAACCGCAGACGGAAGAAGAGGACUAGUAUUGAGACCAACAUCCGAGUGGCCUUAGAAAAGAGCUUUCUGGAGCAGAACCAAAAACCUACCUCUGAAGAGAUCACCAUGAUCGCCGACCAGCUUAACAUGGAGAAGGAGGUGAUUCGGGUCUGGUUCUGCAAUCGCCGGCAAAAAGAAAAGCGGAUUAACCCCCCCAGCAGUGGCAACAGUGGAGGAGGCAGUACCCCCAUCAAAUCGAUCUUUACCCCCAGUAGCCCUUUGGUGGCCAGCACAGCAAGCCUUGUGAGCAGUCCAACUAUUAACACCCCCCCUACUCUGACUGUAAACACAGUGAUGCCUCUCACCAGCACCAGCGUCUCCGGUUUGUCUUUCACAGGUUAUCUUUUCGCCUCCCCUUCCCUCAAAGGCACAAACACAGCAUCCGUCAUCUCCACUGCACCUAUGGUUACUACAGCAACCAGUUCGCCAUCUUUAAGCCCGUCGCCAACAACUAUUCAUUCCACGACCACAGAGAGCAAGGCUGGCACUCAAGCGCAAACCAUCUUUACCCAGGCGCCGACCUCCUUAGCCACCACGUUAGGGACGGGUCAGGUGAUGGUGGCGGCUCCGGGGUUAUCUGCGGCGCUGCAGGGUGCUGCCCAGUUACCCACCAGUGCUAGCUUCGCUGCUAUGGCUGCUGCUGCUGCAGGGCUAAACCCAGGACUGAUGGCCUCCUCCCAGUUCACUUCAGGGGGGGCCCUGCUCAGUCUGACUCCUGGUGGCCUUGGCAGUGCGCUGAGUCCUGCCCUCAUGAGCAACAGCACCCUAGCGACCAUCCAAGCUCUGGCAUCGAGCGGCACAAUCCCCAUCACAUCUCUGGACGGCAGUAACCUGUUGUUCGCCAACACCUCCGCUGGUAACACGCCCAACCUGGUGACCACGCCGCUCUUCCUGAAUCACCAGAACCUGUCUCUGCUCACCAGCAACCCCGUCAGCCUGGUGUCGGCCGGGGCGGGGGGGCUGCAGGUCACUUCUGAUGGUCAUCAUCAUCAAGCCACCACGGCUGCUGUGCCUGUGCAAGCCUCGACCAUUACCACUGCCUCCAAGGCUCAGUGAAGCCAGUCGGGCUGCAUCCUGAAUUAACGCCCUAUUUCUUAUGUCGUGCACUACUCCUAUCACACCAUGUAGGGAAUAAGGAAGUUGUUUGAUAGGCUCUGCGCUUCACUAACCACCCCAUUUUAUCUUCCAUCUAUCAUUAUUUAAUCCUUUUGCUGCCACCAAAAAGAAAACAACCUCAAAUGAGGUUGGGGUUGAAUUUU